GUGGUGACACCCCAGGAAGAUUACGUAUCAAAAGGAUGAGCGGUAAUGAUUUGUACCAACACAACACAUCCAUCGUCGGACUUCAAGUCGUCUAAGCUUCUACAACUGAUUGUUAGUUCUGUCCACUAGCACCAUAGAAUGCGCCAAUUAAAGACUGCAGACGGGUUCCUUCCGCCAUGAGCGUUGUGGAGAAAGACGACCAAGCAUCCUCGGAGCGCUUCCAGUGCGAAGCUCCCGACCCCUCCAAGUUGCCGCUGUUUAUCCUGCACAGCGGUGAUCCAGGUAAUGCUGGCUGGCUCCUAACUAGGUUCACAUGCAUGAUAUAUGCGAGACAUGGGGGGUGUAUUCCCCGGUCCCCAAGCCUCGUUCUUUCCACCGUUUUUAUCUCCCUUAUCCCGGCCAUACGAUACUAGUUUAACCUAGCAGUUGGGGCUGCAUAAUAGCCAUGUCGCAGCCCCACGGUUUAUAUCUCGAUCAGAGUACCUUUCUGGAGCUUAUGCAGUCUCAAGGGGCUGCUCGUAGCGGCAUCGCGGCGCUCUGUUUCAUUGUCUGGGAUACCCUAAUCACACUCGAUGAGGAGGUCCAAUUCAUCUGGCUCACCCACUGGACGCCACUGAAGCUAUUGUUCUUUUUUACUCGCUAUUACGCCAUAGCCAUCCUCAUAAUCCUAAAUGCCCACCCAUUGACAUGCCAACAGUGGAUAAUCGUUGAAGGCAUAUCGGCUGUUCUCUUAGAACUGGCAGUGGAGGUUCUCCUCGUCCUUCGCAUACAAGCCAUGUAUUCCGGGCACACGGCCUUGAUACGAAUGAUCGUCGGUCUUCUGGUCGUUCAAGUGAUCGUAAUGGCGGUGACCCUGGGUAUCAGCAUGCCGAAGAUUAUGACAACCGAGAAUUGUAUCAAUACUGAGAUACCGGUCGAGAUGGUGGCCUAUAGUAUCGCUUCUAUCGUAUACGAAGCGUUCCUCUUCACUUUAGCUGUGGUGAAGCUCUGGUCCGCGAGGAAGGACGGGUUCGAGCGGACUACGCUGCUGAAGGUGUUAGUGAGAGACAACAUGUGGACAUUUGCAGCUAUUCUCGUGGUAAUGAUCGGAAAUACUAUCUUGUUCACGAUUGCCCCAGCUACCCUUGCUGCUCUGGGCUUCCCAUGGGCAUUAGCCAUCUUCGGUGCGCUAGGUCCAAGAUUGAUGCUCAACGUCCGUCGUGAACAUCACAGACGAAGUUUCACCUCGUAUGCAGAUAUCUCCUCACUUGCGUUCGUACAGUAUUCACCUGUAUUCAAUCCUGGCAUGCUUGAUCCUGACUGAAUACAUGCUCGUUAUCGAAUAACGCCAUUCUGGGUUGAACCCACUGGAACGUCGCGCAUUUGAUUCGGCUGCGUAACGCUUCCUAUAUCCUCGUCACUUUGUCUCACCACGCUCAUUUGUUGUGAUCAAUCCGGCUUGCAUCAUAUCUUAACAUGCAUUUUAUUGCGUAG